AUGUUUUGGUUGUGGACAAGGAGGGUGUUGUUCCCCAGGACACUACUCCGCGUACCAUCUCUCCGGUAUCGGUUCUCUCCAGCAGCUCAUUAUCACCAUUUGCUAAAAAUGUGGCAGAAGAUCAUCAACUCAGCAGCCCCUAUAUGUAUGACAUCCAUGAAUAUGCACCUAUGUAUGAAUCACCGUACAAUCUAUCUCAAUCCAACGCCAAAUCUUUAUCAUCAUCUGAACAUUCCGCCAACUACGCAACCAGCAUCGCCGACAGCACUGACCUCGACUUCGAUUAUUCUCAUCUUAUUUGUUCACAUAAUAUUCGACGAUUUUGGAGAUGACAUCGCUUACGGCCAGCCAGAAACCAGUCCAUCCGCCUCUGUUCAAGAAGUUCCUUCUCAGUCGCCAGCAGAACCUGAUUUUUCAUUCAUCGAUAAUAUUUACGAAAGCGUGAGGGCAGAGAUCGAGGCAGAAAAGGCUGUCUCAAGUCCGUCGCGUGCUACGCCUGAAGCUCCUAGUACGCCUCCCGUCAUUACACUUGGAGUCGGCUCACCUGUAACAAUAGUUUCUGCAGAUGGAAAGGAGUACAAAGUAGUUUUGCAAGAAGUCAAGCAUGAGCCCAAAACUGGAUCGAAGAGAAAAUCGUCAACUUCUGUAACGGAAAGUGCACCGAAACCCAAGCGUGCUCCUGGGAUUCCGUUAGCGAACCUGUCGAUCGAAGAAAUUAACGCUCGUAAAAGGGAGCAGAACAGGAUAGCCGCACAGCGUUAUCGCGAAAAGAAGAAGAACAGUAAAGAGACAGAGAAAGAAGUGAGUAUCGUUGUUUCCGGACAUAUCAGUGAUAUUAUGGUUUAUAGGCACGCCCCACGCAGAACCAAAUGGUAG